UGGAGGUCACCCCAAGGGCUGACAAAAUGCCUUAAGUUUUUUAAGCCAAUCAGAUCAAGUCCUAGAUCCAAAACUUGAGGCAUUCAGCCUCCGGAUGAGCCCAGAUAUACACCAUCGCACAUACUACACAUCUUUCACUUUGCAUUCGUCGUAGCACCCAUUGAGCAGUAACACGAGUCGGACGCUCGGAGGGUUCAAUGUAUCAUCUUCGGAGGCCUUCUACAGAUUUCGUAUAUUUAGAAGAUGAGGCCUUCCCCGGGGUUAUCGUAUUUAAGACCGUUUAGCGCGGGAAAUAGUCUACAGUUGCAGCGGGAGCCACGGAAAUAGCCUCAUGUCGAUCCAGAAGGCAAGUAUAUAAAAGCUCAAAAAUGAAGCAAAAUUCCUUAGGGUUCGUUCCAGUAGAAGUCUUUGAGACAAAGGGUUAAAUCUACCAUAAAUCCGCAUAAUCCUAUUCAAUCCCCAAAGGGAGAAAAACGAAAAAAAAAAAAAAAACUUACCGGACCAACUCAAAGUUAUCAGCAAUAAAAAAGUACUGGUAAUAAUGUCUACUUACGACAGAAACACCGAAGGCCUUGCGCUUGUACACCAAUUUGCCGACGAGGUGAAGGGGAGAACUUUCCUCCUGACCGGACCGAGCCCGGGCGGCAUUGGUGCUGAAACAGUUAUUUCGCUUGCUGCAGAGUCUCCCGCUCUGCUGAUUCUAGUCGGGCGCUCUCCGGAGAAGGUACAGACUGUCAUUGACUCCAUCAAAAAUGUCAAUCCUAGCGUGAAGACCAAGUUCGUCCAAGCCGACCUCUCCUCAAUCAAGAGCGUCCGGAAGGCAGCGCAGACCAUCCUCGACGACCCUGAGAUCGCCAAGAUCGACGUCGUGAUCAACAACGCAGCCGUGAUGGCAACCCCCUUCGAGCUGACGGAAGACAAGAUAGAGCUGCAGCUUCACGCCAACCACCUGGGUCAUUUCAUCCUGACCAACAAGAUCGCACCCAAGGUCGUGGCCGCCGGCCCCGGCGCGCGCAUAGUCAACCUCUCGAGUUCCGGGCACAGGUACGCGGGCGUGCGGUUCGAGGACCCGAACUUCACGGAGCCGGGCUCGUACAGCGAGUUCACGUCUUACGGACAGUCCAAGAGCGCCAACAUCCUGUACGCGGUGGCCCUGAACAAGCGGCUCGCGGCGCGCGGCGUGCGCGCCUACGCCGUGCACCCCGGCAGCAUCCUGACGAACUUGCAGCACUACGUCAAGCAGAUGGACGGCGCGCGUCUGGCGGCGCUCAUGGACGAGGCGGCGCAGAAGGUCGCGGGGAAGACGCUUGCGGAGUACAGAGCAGCCGACCCGCACAAGACGUUGCAGCAGGGCUGCUCGACUACGCUCCGCGCGGCUUUGGAUCCCGAUCUGGUCGAGGAGGAGGGCGUCUUCCUGCAGGACACGAAACUGACGACCGAUCCUAAGGCUGUUAGGGACUGGGCUACGGACCCGGAGCUCGCGGAGAAGUUGUGGAAGUUGAGUGAGGAUUUGGUGGGUGAGAAGUUCGAUAUCUAAGUGGUUAUGUUAUUACCUACCUGAUAGAAUGUGAGUUUGUAUUAAUAUGGGUGUACGAAGGUCCGGGCCAAAAGUCUUGCACAUGCCAAGAUUUUAGUCGCGGGAACAUAACGUACACAAUUAUAAUAGCACUGUAUUGGCU